AUGGCCUCAUUGCAUGAUGUCGUGAAGCGCUGCCUGCAGCCCAGCAGCGCGCGGCCCUGGUUGCUUUACGACCCCGACGUCUUCCUGCCGACGCCCUUCGACGCCUUCCUCCUGAGUGGGGACUGUGCCGAGGUGCAGUGGCCCGAGGAUCUACAGCCGGCCGAGGAGGUCAACAUCUGCUUCCUGCUCGGCUGUGGACGUUCGGGGUCGACCAUCUGUGCGGAGAUCCUGAGCCACUACAGGUCUCUGAUCUUUCUGAACGAGCCGCGCCAGCUCUGGAUACCCGCGGCCCCCUUCUUUGACGUGUGGUCCGCAGCGGCGCCAGACCGUGGAGGUCGGCUUACCGGUGGCGAUGCGCAGGCUUUGGCCAAGGCCAUGACCAGUCACUAUCGCAGGCUUGCUUCGGCCGUCCGAGGAGACUCCCAGGAGCUUUGA